AUGGGAGCGUGCAACUCGUGCGAGGCGACGGCGGUGGCAUCGGUGGCGGCGGCGACGGCGGCAAGGGUCGUGCUCGCAGACGGCAAGCUGCAGCGGCUCCCUGGGGGCACCCGGGUGUCGCAUGCCGUGAAAGCAGCUGCAGCUGCCGCUGGUGACGCGGGCGCGUGCUUCCUGUGCAGCGCCGACGGGCUCGAGCUCGGCGGCGCCGUGGCUGCUGUGGCGCCCGACGAGGAGCUGCAGCCCGGGCAGCUCUACUUCGUGCUCCCCGCGUCGAUGCAGCGGCGACUGCUGCAGGCAGAGGAGAUGGCCGCGCUCGCCAUCCGUGCCAGCGCCGCGCUGGCGGGCGACCACGACGGCCCGCUCGUGUUCCCGGAUUCGGUCCCCGCCGCCGUGAAGAGUUCCCGGCGGCGCUCGCGGAGGACAGCCAGCCUGGGGCGGGACUUCGUGCCGGACCUCGGCUCCAUUACAGAGUAGCUAGCCGGCUUGCCGUCCGGCGAGGAUCGAGAUCGGAAAAAACCGCUCGAGUGUAGUUACGUGUAUACUAAUCGGCCACCGGAGAGGAGACUUUGACUAAUGCUAAUCUAGCGUAGCUUAGCUGGCCGGCUGUAGGCACUGUACG